AUGGUGCGAGUAAUAUCAGUUCAUCAUUUUGCAAAUCAGGACAUCCAUAAAUGUGAGGAACCAUUGACAGUAACUACUGCUCCACCUGAUCGUUUGCUGUUGGCUCAGGCCCAGCAUGCUGUUGAAGUUCGUGUCUUAGCUGAGGCUGGAGAUGUUCUGUUCACUUUUCCUACUGUAGAUGAAGUACAUCAGAUGGUGUAUUGCUGUAAUGGUGACUACAUUGCAGCCCUUGAACGCAAGCAAAAUUGCCAAGGUGCAAUCUCCAACUAUGUACAAAUUUACUGUAAAUGGGAUGUAGUUAAUAACCCCCCAGACAGCACAUUUCUACAGCAGCCAAUGCGUGCAAGAAUUGCUGGUCAGGUAACACCAAGCAGUGCACAGAUCAGUUCAGGAGGAUUGGAAAUGAUCAAACUGCCUUUGAAAAAAGACCCAAAUGCAGUUGCUUGUUGCCAGGUAACUGGAAAUUUGAUUGCAGUCCUUGACAGAACUUUGGUGCUUUAUUAUUUUAAAGUGAGGGCACAUGAUAUAUCAAGACAGAAAUUUAUAGAUUUUGAAGAAUCUCCAGUAAGUUAGGAAAUGUGUUUCACACCAAUGAAAGUUGAAAUGUGUGAGGAUAUUGUAGCUUGCAUGUCCAAACAGUAUCUGCAUGUGUUCAAAGUGGGACAGGUGGAAAAAGAAAAAAAACGUGUGAAUACUUCCAUUAAAAAUGAGAAGGACAAUGGGACCAAGAAAGAAACAGAUUUUGAAAUUAACUGGGAUUCUCUGCUGGAAGCAAAAUUCAAUAAAAAUUUAGCAAAAGGCAGAGAUGCUGUUGCAGACAACUGGGUUGAGAAGCUCCACAAUAAUUCAUUUCCUCUUACUAUCCAUCUGCCAGGAAUAACAACUCAGCAGGGUAAUUGUUCAACAAAUACUUCAACAAAUGAUGGCACACCAUAUAGAAACAUGCCAUUUAAAGUAGCUCCUUUGGAAAUGACAAUUAAUGUGAAGUGUUCAUCACCAUCUGAGGAAGAUGCAAUGUGGGAUCUCCCAGACAGAGAGGAAUUGUUAAAUGGGAAUAGGACAGAUAACCUAUUUUGUGAUGGUGAUGAUGCAAACAAGAAAAUAUCAACAAACCACCCAAUGCGGUCACCUUAUUACAAAAAUCUUGGAAGUGUGGUUUGUUUUGUUGCUACACAACAAGAAGGUUUUCUUUAUCAUUUCCCAAUGAUAGCAUCAGGAGAACCCUUGAAGUUACAACAGGCAGCUUGUGUCUCUGUGUAUCCAUUUACAGCACCUGUGUUGCACAUAGCUUUGGAGAGCUAUUUGCUUCAUGCCCUUACAGAAAUGGGACUGGAAACUUACACCUUGAAAUCUUCUCAUCAGUUAAUAAGGGAAAAUGAGUCACUGGACAGUGCUGUGAGUAUAUGCUUAAAAUCUGAUGACCCCGUGUGUUUGGUUGGCUUGCGACCUUUCCUUGGUGUGGAACAUUUAUUGCUUUCUGAUUCAUAUUUAUCACUGUUGGCUUGUUCAGAAGGAUCCAGUAUUAGUAGCCAAGAUUCUCAUAGCACAAACUGGACUUUAUAUUCACUUAAAGUUCCUAGUGCACUAACACUCUAUAAUGAUAUUAUGACUGUUGCAUCACAACACCGUUGGUCAAGUCCUGCAACAUAUUGUCAUCUGUUGACAGAAGCUCACACAAUUUUGCAGAUAGCUGCCCAUACUGUGUCAUGGCUCUCAAAGCAGCACCAUUCAGUUGGCAUAAUUACACCAAAUAUGAAGAAUGAUGAAGCAACCCAACUUGAAGAUACACUAAGAGAAUCAUGUGCUCUGCUCGGAGAUUAUUAUAUAAAGUAA